AUGAAUUUGGAUAUAUGGCUCAAAAACUGCAAACUGCAAACGGAGAAUCAAGAGUCAGCUCUUAAUAAUCAGUAUAAGGAGGAUGAGGAAAUGUUGGAAAAAGAGAUUCAUUCAGAAGCAGAAUCUGUUUUCCGAAAUAGUGCAUUGAAAUUAAUUACGGAAUGUGGCAAACAAUAUGAUAUUUCAAAAACAUAUGGAACACAACAACCGUCAUCAGAUAUUGAAUGCCUGAAAGACCAAGUGCUGCAGAAUUCUGGUACAGCAUUAGAAAUACAAGCGUUGCGAGAUUUAAAGUCAGGCGAGAUUACCGGUUAUAUCGAAGUGUUGAAUGACAGAAAUAUUGAAACAGGUGAUGCAAAAACAUCAAUGUCUCUCACCAGGUCUCCAGAUCUCAAAAAUGCUUCAAAUUUUAUGGGUUCUGCAAGCAACAUUCCUUUUAUGCCCGGUGGUUUCGAUGCGGAAAUCGAAAAUGUACUUCGAUUAAAUGAUGUUGAAUGCUCCACAUCGGAAUUACUCUCCUGUAUUCCUGGAAUAAAUGUUAAUGGUCUUAAAUAUGAUGACAUUCAUAAUCUUCCUCAAGAAAGGCUUCAUGUCGCUGAUGGAACCUGUAACCUGGCUGAUUUAAUGGAAUCUGUGAAUAUCAGUAUUCCAGCUAGUUCCUCAGGGAUAGUCAAAGAUAACAUUGAAAGCACAAAGGAAUCAUGUAUUGAAUCGGGAACUGAUGAAGUGGAUAAAGAAUUUGAGCAACUAGUGAUCGCAGUGGAAGAAGUUGGAUCAAGCAAAAAAGAUGAAAUACAAUUGCAAAAUGGAGAAUACUCUUAUGCUCAUGUUUUGAACACAUCAAAGAAUGUUGAAGAUUACCAAAUACUGAAAAGUAAUAUGGCAAGAAAGUAUCCAUUUGAAUUGGAUCCAUUUCAACAGCAGGCGGUCGUAUGUUUAGAUCGUGGCGAUUCUGUGUUCGUUGCUGCUCAUACUUCGGCCGGGAAAACCGUUGUUGCUGAAUAUGCUGUUGCUUUGUGCAAUUUACAUAAAACCAGGGCAAUAUAUACAUCACCGAUAAAAGCACUUUCAAAUCAAAAAUUUCGCGAAUUUAAGCUCAUUUUUGAAGAUGUUGGUCUUAUAACAGGUGAUAUACAAUUGCAUCCAGAAGCUUUUUGUCUUAUAAUGACAACAGAAGUUUUAAGGUCUAUGCUUUAUAAUGGAUCGGAAAUUAUUCGCGAAUUGGAGUGGGUGAUUUUCGAUGAAGUACAUUAUAUCAACGAUGCAGAGCGUGGACAUGUUUGGGAGGAAGUGCUGAUCAUGCUGCCAGCUCAUGCAAAAAUUGUUAUGUUAAGUGCUACUGUGCCUAAUUGUGUUGAGUUUGCUGAUUGGGUUGGACGAAUUAAGAAAAAACAGAUUUAUGUGAUUAUGACUGCGCGACGUCCUGUGCCACUGGAGCACUUUUUAUAUACUGGUCAGGAUGGUAAAACUAAAAAGGAUAUGUUUAAAAUUAUCGACAGCGAUGGACAGUUUGUGCAAAAAGGAUACUCUCUCGCAAGUGCAGCAAAAGCAAACAUACGUAAAGCAAAUGCGAACGUGGGACCUGACAAGAAUGUUUACACUACUGUUAUCGACCAUCUGCGCAUGCAGAACAUGUUACCAGUCAUUGUUUUUGUUUUUUCUAGACGAAGAUGUGACGAUAAUGCGUAUUUGUUGCGAUCAGUUGACUUGACUACAGAGAAGGAAAAAUCCAGUAUACAUCAUUUCUUCUCAAAAUGUAUUGCGCGCUUGAAGGGUUCGGACAAAAAUCUACCCCAGGUAUUACAAAUGAAAGAAUUAUGCAAACAUGGUUUUGCAAUACAUCACAGUGGUAUUUUACCAAUUCUAAAAGAAGUUGUCGAACUGCUAUUCCAAAAAGGGCUAGUCAAGGUGUUGUUUGCUACUGAAACUUUUGCGAUGGGUGUUAAUAUGCCUGCUCGGACGGUCAUUUUCGACUCUUUGCAGAAACAUGACGGCCGGCAGUUGCGUCUGUUAAAUCCUGGGGAAUAUAUUCAGAUGGCUGGUCGAGCUGGGCGACGAGGUUUGGAUGCUACCGGGACCGUAAUCGUUUUAUGUAAAGGACCUUAUGUUCCCGAUUAUUUAGACCUAGUCAAUUGUAUGCAGGGCAAACCAAUAAAGUUGGAGUCACGAUUUAGGGUAACGUACUCGAUGCUUCUCAAUUUGUUGCGAGUAGAGCAUUUGAGUGUCGAGGAUGUACUAAGGAGGAGCUACGUUGAGAGCGCGUCACUCAGAUCAGCGCUGAAACAAAAAGCACACUUGAAAGAGAUAGAAAAACUGUUGGCAUCGAAAGAAAAUCUUAAUUGUACAACAUGUUUUUCUGUUGAAAGCCGUUCAAUUGUUGAUUAUUAUGAGAACCUAAGGAUAUUUCUACAGUCUCGAGCUGAAUUAUGGCUUGAACUGAUUCGAUUCUCAGUUGUGGAUAAAUUACUAUCACCGGGACGUUUAAUUAUCGUUUGUUUGCCAGAAGUUGAACGAAUUGCUGCUGUGGCAGUGCUUCUUAAGAUAACAGUAGAUGGAAAUUCAAAGAAAAUGACUUUACUGCUAUCGAUGGAAGACGACCAGCAGGUUGCGGAACGGGAGAAGCAACUAAUAGAUUUUUUUACGCGAAUGCCACAGGAGAAACAACGAGAAAUCUAUGAAACAAGCCUACUGCGAUAUGCAGCAUUUUAUGGUCUUGAAGGCCUACCGCCGCAAAAAUUCUCAGAUCAAGUGCGAAGAAUAGGCACUGUGUUGGAUAACAUACCACUUGAUCGUUUGAUAGUAAUUUGUCAGAAAGCUGUGAAAAUUGAUCCGCUGGCUGUUAUAGAAGAUGUGAAAGCAAGAAAUCACCCGAAUUAUCGAGCUAAAUCACCAGAUCAAGCUACCUCGAAAGUAAUUAGCGAAAUUGAUAAUCUAGCAACAAAUUGGGAUAGCACGAAAAAGGGAAGUAUGAAAUUACCAGGGCAAGAUAUACAAGUGAACGAUGUUGAUAUAUUUCAAAAAUUACUUCAUUUGAAUGACUUCCGCAGUUUUCUCAUAAAUGACUCAAAUUUUCGUUGUCGACAGUGUCCGCUAUUUCGAGAGCAUUUUACAUAUAUACAUGAUAAAAGAAGCCUACAAACGAAGUGCGAUGAACUCCGUUUAAAACUUUCAGCUGGCGGUUUACUCCUCUCACAGGAUUACUGCGAUCGUAUCAAACUUUUACGCGAGUUGAAUUACAUUGAUAAUUCAAAUUUGGUCUCUCUGAAAGGUCGUGUGGCAUGUGAAAUACAUCACCAGGAAUUGCUGAUUACGGAAUUGAUGCUAGAUAACAAGUUCCAUUAUCGCUCAGCUGCAGAAAUAGCAGCUAUGCUUUCAGUAACCACAUGUCAGCAUAGGUCAAGAGAAAGUGAACACAGAAAAGACAAGGAAGGUGAAAUUGUGCAAGCGCCAGCAGUAUUGAAGGAGUUGAAAGAUGACAUCAUUGAAGUGUGCAGCAGAAUUGGAAGAAUUCAGCGGGAAUGUGGUAUAAAAGAUAUCGACAUUUCUGAAGAACUGAGCUUUGAUUUGAUGCAUGCCGUUUAUGAAUGGGCAAAUUCAAUGCCAUUUGCUGAUAUAAUGCAGCUGACGGAUGCACAAGAAGGUUUGAUUGUACGUUGCAUACAAAGGUUAGAUGAAUUAUGUCGCGACAUACGAAAUGCCGCAAGACUAGUUGGUGACCCUGCAUUGUAUGAGAAAAUGGACGAUACAUCGGUAGCUAUCAAAAGGGAUAUCGUUUUUGCUGCUAGUCUUUAUACUGUUUUAGAUUAG